UUCCUUUUGUUCGUAUCUGACUUGUCCUAUCUCGUAUUCUCGUGUACUUACCAAGGUCAUUGGCACAUUGACGACUACGAUUAGGUUAGUCGCGUUCGAGCUACUUGCCUGUUAUUCCGAUUGUCCGUUCGCAACGUAAAUAAUAUAACACAUAGUCUUAAUAUUGUAUUAUACUAAAAUGUCGUGCAUAAAAAAAAUUUAUAAAUUUAUCUUUCUCUCAAAAUUUAUGAAGUUUUGUAGCAAUCAUCAUUUUUAGUUUAGUAUUAGUUUAAAGUUUCAGAUUAAUUCAGAUUAUAUAUUGAUAACAACAAUGAUUUCAGUACAAAUCGAGUUUAAAUAUAUAUAAUAUAAUAUAAUGUGUUGUGUAAAUUAUUAAUUUAUUAACCGCCAAAUAAUAAAACGUAUGGACUAAAAUUGUGUGUUCUCAAUAAAUUUUUUUAAAUAUUUUGGUUCAAAUAUACGUAGAAAUUAUUUAAGUACGAUUUUUGAGGUGGCUUUGAGCAAAUAACUGUAUGUCAGUAAAUUGAUGCGCUACUGGUUGAUGAUGCCAGUCAAAAAAAUCCUCAACAGCACACGUGACACUAAACUAUUGAAGAUGGUAUCCACAUCUAUUUCUUUAGACAGGAGGUUGUACUCUGAAAUAAAAAUACCGAAGACACAAGUAAUAAAUGAGCUGACACUAAUGGUUAGCGGAAAUGAAACGACUAAAAGCAAAGGAUAUGACAGCCAAUAUUACAUUGCGGCUGUCGUCGAGUACUACCCCAACUUGGGUUCCAAUCCUUUACAGUCAAUGCAGAACAAUUUACCAAUUUAUGAGGACAUUAUUCACAAUGCUAGUCAAUAUGAUGUUGAUAUAUUGGUUUUCCCGGAAGCUGGUUUAACCGGAGUUACUUUACCCGAUGAUCGAAAAGAAAUCAGAAAUUUUUUAACAGAGAUCCCUUCCCCAGAAAGUAACACUAUUCCAUGUUUCACUCAAUAUUGCAGCACGGUGUUGAAUAAACUAUCAUGUGCCGCUAGACUUCAUCAUAUGUAUGUGGUAGUAAAUCUGCCGGAAAUAGAAUAUUGCAAGACAGAAGAUGACGAUUUGUGUCCUGAAGAUUUAGCCUAUUAUUAUAACACAAACGUGGUGUUUAAUAGGGAAGGAAGAAUCGUUGCUAGAUAUAGAAAAUUUAACUUAUUUGGAGAAUUAGGAUUUAAUCAUACUCCCUUAUCAGAAUUAUGUACGUUCGACACCGAUUUCGGAGUGAAAUUUGGAAUGUUUAUAUGUUUUGAUAUACUAUUCGAAAAUCCCGCAGCUCGUCUUGUUCGUGAAACGGGCGUUAAGGAUAUUAUAUUUUCAACUGCUUGGUUUUCAGAAAUUCCUCUGCUUACAGCCGAUUCAGUGCAAGCUGGCUGGGCAUAUACCAAUGAUGUGAAUCUCAUAGCAGCUAGUUAUAACGCUCCAUCGAUGGGUGGAGGAGGUAGCGGCAUUUACGCUGGUCAGGAUGGACCUUUAGUCAUGUUCAUGCCUGACCGACCUGGAACUCAAAUAUUACUGUCAAGAGUGCUGAAAAGACAAUACAACAACUGUGCAACACAACCACAGAAAUGUUCCAUCGAUAGUAGUUUCCAAACAUUUAUGUCGAAUAAUCUAGUCUUACCUUAUGGUAAAGAAAAGUGCCCAUCAAAUAUAAAUAGACCCAGUGACUUCAGGUACUUCGCGGACAGCAGUUUCAAGUACUUCCACGUGGCGACCAUGCGGUCCGCGGACCCGGACGCCGAACAGGCGAACGACACGCUGUCCGCGACGUUCCAGUACGAGCGCGACGGGUUCGAGUGCGCGAUGACGGUGCGCUGGCGGAACGAGAACAACAACGACACGACGGACUACAACAUGUUCGCGUACUCCGGCACCCGGACGUUCAGCGGUUACGUGGACGCGCACAUCGAGACGUGCGGGCUGACCACGUACAAGCCGGCCGACGCGGCCGCCGGCCACCAAGGCGGCGCGUUCGUGUACUACAACCCGCCCAAGGACCUGGUCACCAUCACCGGCAUCACCAUCGCCGCCCGGUCAUCGGACCUCGGCACGCUGCCCAUACCCAGCACGCUGGACACGAGCAGCUACCCGUUGGCCAACGACUAUUACACGUUCAGCAAGCGGACGGUGACGGUCGGCAAGCGGAAAAUGUUGGAGAUCAACAUGGAACUGUCCAAGCCGGUCGCCAACCUGGUCACGUUCGGCAUUUACAAGCUACCGCGGCCGGUGCGCCGCGGCUGACCGGCCACACCUGCGUGUACGCACGCGCGCGCACACACACACACACACACACACGCACACACACUAUGACGUCGGCGCAGGCGCAGAUACUGUUUUGUUUAAGUGCAAUUUUUUUGUUGCGCAGUGCACGUGUCAUUUCCUAUAUACACGAUAAAAUUUAUUGUUUUGUAAUUUAUAAUAUAUUAAUUAUAUAAAUAUUAAUAUUAAGCGUUCUCAACACUAUACAACGGUUGUAACACAACAUUGGCAGAUCCAGCCCGAAAUAACUUAAAUACUACACAAAUAACUUAAAAUUUGUUAUGAAAUAUUUUUUCCUAAAUAAAACACAGCUUAACUCCGCCCCACAUCUUACCGCUGAAUUCGCACCUGGAGUAGAGGCACCUGUCCUUUUUUUAUUUUAUUUUUUGUCAAACGCCACGCGAAAAACACGCGUUAUUUUUUAACGCGUUUUUAAAAGUAUGCGUUUUCGCACUUGGCACCCCCACGUAACUUAUAAAUAAAUUGAUCGCUAUAUUUCGUAAAACCAAUGAAGAUAAUACGUCGUAUUGUAUAAUAUACUGGAAAUUGUGUGCGUACGAAAACGUUUGUUCUACGCGUCGUUUCCGGACCAAAACGGCGAUUUCUCGGCCGUGCGAUAUUGUACUGUUCGCUGCAGUCGACUCCGCGACCAGACAAACGGUUUUAUCGGACAAGUAUUUUAUUUCGAUAACGGGCGUUUUAAAAUCUUCUGACGUUGACAAACCCGUAUAAGCUGAUUCGCAAUCAGCGUUAUAAUGGUUGUAAACUGUUCGUUUGUUUGAUCCUCGAUAUAAUAUAAAAUAUAGUUACGUGGCUAUCACAAAAAUGUUGUAACAAUACGAGAUAAAUCUAAAAAUUUUAAAAAUAAAUUUUACGUUUCAUAAGAUUACGUGUAUGUAAGAACUCAGAACUAAUGACAAAAAUUCCUCAUCUCUAUGUCCACCUAUAAAUGUUUGCGUCUUCGUGAUAACAAUUUUAGCUGAUUAAUUUAUUUAUAUAAAUAAUAUAUUGUAUAAUACUGUACUGUAUUAGUAUUAAGUGUAUUUUAAUUAUAACGGUAAUGAUGUACACUGUUUUAGUCAAGUUCGGUAUUAACGAACGUCUAAAUGUAUUUUAUGUAUACGUACAUAAUCGUAGUAUAGUUUUAUAC